CCGGCCCGCGCCGCCACCGCCGCCUCCAUCUUGAGCGUGUGUCCCCUGCUCCCCCCUCGCCUCCACAGCACCGAGAGCGUCGGGGGCGCUGGAGCCCCGGGGGGGAGCGGGGGGGAGGUGAGGGGUGGUGGGGGGCGAAGCGGCACCGGGGCCGGAGCGGCAGCGGCGGGAGCAGCGGCGGCAGCAGCGGCGGCAGCGGCAAUGAGGAGGCGGCGCUGAGGAGGCGGCAGUAGCCGGAGCGGACGGAGCCGACAUCUUGUGCCCUCCCCUCCCGCCGCCGGCUGGGUGAGCCCGUCCGCCCCAGGGGGAAGGGGAGGGGAGGGGGAGGCGGAGAGAAUUAAAAAAAAAAAAAAAAAGGAAAAGAAAAAAAAAAGGAAAAGAAAAACAAAAACAAAAAUUCCCCCCAAAAGGAGGCGGCGGCAACGGUGGAGAAGCCGCUGCAGCGGCGCGCUGAGCCAGCCAGGGUCUCUGGAGCACAGGGAUGAGGAAGACCCGCAGGAGGUGCCGGCAGCACUUGGAGGGGAGGCGUUCUCCCUCGCCCUACAGCCUCAAGUGUUCGCCCACGCGCGAGACGCUGACGUACGCGCAGGCGCAGCGCAUUGUGGAGGUGGACAUCGACGGGCGCCUCCACCGCAUCAGCAUCUACGACCCCCUGAAGCUCAUCACCGAGGACGAGCUGACGGCCCAGGACAUCACUGAGUGCAACAGCAACAAGGAGAACAGUGAGCAGCCCCUCCUCACUUCCAAAUCUAAGAAAACACCUUCCAAAGGCAAGAAGAAGGAGUCCUGCUCCAAACAUGCACCAGGGAUAUCUUUGCACUUGCCCCAGCCCAAGUUCCGUGUGGUGGACUCCUUCAGCCAGCCAGAUGCUCCUCCCUCUCCUGCUGCCUACUACCGGUACAUUGAAAAGCCUCCCGAGGACCUCGACGUAGAAGUGGAGUAUGACAUGGAUGAGGAGGAUCUGGCAUGGCUGGAGAUGGUCAAUGAGAAGAGAAGGGCUGAUGGUUAUGGGACAGUUUCUGCUGACACUUUUGAGCUGCUGGUGGAUCGGUUGGAAAAGGAGUCGUACCUCGAGAGCCGCAACAACGGGGCUCAGCAGUCCCUCAUUGAUGAGGAUGCCUUCUGCUGUGUCUGCAUGGACGAUGAGUGUCACAACAGCAAUGUCAUCCUGUUCUGUGACAUUUGCAAUCUGGCCGUGCACCAGGAGUGUUACGGCGUGCCCUACAUCCCCGAGGGGCAGUGGCUUUGCCGCUGCUGCUUGCAGUCCCCUUCUCGCCCUGUGGAUUGUGUCCUUUGCCCAAACAAAGGGGGAGCCUUCAAGCAGACCAGUGAUGGCCGCUGGGCUCACGUGGUCUGUGCCAUCUGGAUCCCAGAGGUCUGCUUUGCAAACACUGUGUUCCUGGAGCCCAUCGAAGGGAUCAAUAACAUCCCUCCAGCUCGGUGGAAGCUCACAUGCUGUAUCUGCAAGCAGAAGGGCAUGGGAGCUGCUAUCCAAUGCCACAAAGUGAACUGUUACACUGCCUUCCACGUCACCUGUGCACAGAGAGCCGGUCUCUUCAUGAAGAUUGAGCCCAUGAGGGAGACCAGCAUCAACGGCACCACGUUCACCGUGCGCAAGACUGCCUACUGUGAGAGCCACUCCCCGCCUGGCACGGUGAGAAGAGGGUGCCCAGCUGCUGGUGGUGAUUGGCAGGAGGUCACUGUGAAGGAGGAGGAAGAGGAGGAAGUCAAUUCUGGCCCUCCCAAAGGGUCUGUGAAGAAAAACCAAGUGAAAUUGAAGCAAAAGAUCAAAAAGGAGCCUGGUGACGUGACCAAAGGGCGUUUGUCCAUGCCUGUGGUGACUGUUGCACAAAUUCCCUCUUACAGGCUGAACAAGAUCUGCAGUGGGCUCUCCCUGCAGAGGAAGAACCAGUUCAUGCAGAGGCUGCACAACUACUGGCUGCUGAAGCGGCAGGCGAGGAACGGGGUGCCCCUGAUCCGGCGGCUGCACUCGCACCUGCAGUCCCAGAGGAACGCCGAGCAGAAGGAGCAGGAUGAGAAGACGAGUGCAGUGAAGGAGGAGCUGAAGUACUGGCAGAAGCUCCGGCAUGACUUGGAGCGGGCUCGGCUGCUCAUCGAGCUCAUCCGAAAGAGGGAAAAGCUCAAACGUGAGCAGGUCAAGGUGCAGCAGGCUGCCAUGGAGCUGCAGCUGACUCCGUUCAAUGUCCUGCUCCGCACAACCCUGGACCUGCUGCAGGAGAAGGAUGCUGCCCAGAUCUUCACAGAGCCUGUUAACCUGAACGAGGUUCCAGAUUACCUGGAAUUCAUUUCCAACCCAAUGGAUUUUUCCACCAUGAGGCGGAAGCUGGAGUCUCACCUGUACCGAACCUUGGAUGAGUUUGAGGAAGACUUUAACCUUAUAGUUGCCAACUGCAUGAGGUAUAAUGCUAAAGACACGAUUUUCCACCGAGCAGCUGUCCGGCUCCGGGACCUCGGGGGAGCGAUUUUGCGUCACGCGCGGCGCCAGGCCGACAGCAUCGGCUUUGACACUGGCGUGGGGAUUCACCUGCCUGAGUCGCCCAAGCCCCACGACUUUUACCGCUUUUCUUGGGAGGAUGUGGAUAACAUCCUGGUCCCGGAGAACCGGGCUCACCUGUCCCUGGAGGCGCAGCUGAAGGAGCUGCUGGAGAAGCUGGACACGGUGAGCACCAUGCGCUCCAGCGGCGCCCGCACGCGGCGCAUCCGGCUCCUGCGGCGCGAGAUCAACUCCAUCCGCCACAAACUGGCCCAGCAGCAGCAGAGCAAGGCCCUGCCCAACGGGGACACUGUGCCACGGGACGGGCUGGACACAACGCCCAGGGAAGGGGAUGAGGAAGGGGAGAAAGGAGAUGGUGCCAAGCUCCCGUACCCUCCAACCCUGGAGCCCACAGGACCCGCACCCACACUCUCAGAGCUGGACUCUCUGCAGGACCCUCCAACACUGAAACCCAUCAGUGACAGCAGGUCCCUGAACCAGCUGCAGAGGAGGAUGGUGUCGGACAGGGAGCUCUUUGACAAGAAGGCUCUGCAGCAGGAGAGCCAGGCUUUCCAACGCCUGCUGUCCAACAACGGCCUCAACGGCCUGGCCCUGCCCCCUGCAGACAGCCCUGCCAGCCCCGCCCUCAGCAGCGUGGGCCGGCGGACAUCGGUCCUUUUUAAAAAAGCCAAGAACGGUGUGAAGCUGCAGAGGGGUCUGGAGUGUUCCCUGGAGAACGGGGAGGAGCACAGGCAGGGCGGGCAGCACUCACCCUCCUGCCCUGAUGGAGAGCGACAGGCACGGAAACGCUCUGCCCUGGGCACUGGGCUGGUGUUUGAAGCCUGCAGUGGUUUGGUGCCUCCCAAGCGGAGCCGAGGGAAGCCGGCUCUUUCUCGGGUGCCUCUCCUGGAGGGUGUGAAUGGAGACUCUGAUUUCAGUGGCUCAGGCAGGCCUCUCCUGAUGUCCUUUGAGAGCCAGGCAGAGCUGGAGCCCCUGGAGCUGGUGUGGGCCAAGUGCCGUGGUUAUCCCUCCUACCCUGCCUUGAUCAUCGACCCCAAGAUGCCGCGCGAGGGUUUGCUGCACAACGGAGUCCCCAUCCCUGUGCCCCCCAUGGAUGUCCUGAAGCUGGGGGAGCAGAGGCAGACAGAGGCAGGAGAAAAACUCUUCCUUGUCCUUUUCUUUGACAACAAGAGAACCUGGCAGUGGCUGCCACGGGACAAAGUCUUUCCCCUGGGCGUGGAUGACACCGUGGACAAGCUGAAGAUGAUGGAGGGACGCAAAACCAGCAUCCGCAAGUCGGUGCAGGUGGCCUACGACCGAGCCAUGAUCCACCUGAGCCGAGUGCAGGGGGACAACCCCUUCAUCCCAGCCACCUACCUGUGAGGGGCUGCUGGGGCAGCCCUCCUGAUCCUCCACACCUCCAGCUCCCUGCACUGCACAGGGCAGCACCUCCAGCAGCUGGCAGCACGCCUUGGAGUACCCUGAAAUGUGCCAAAAAAAAUCCCUUGUCCGGCUUCUUCCUGAAUGUGUCUUGCUGAAGAGCUGGCAGGAGAUGAAAUGUAGUCUACAGGGAGUAAGGUAGGUAGGAAAAGCUGACAGGUGACAGGAGCCAAGGUGAGUUGCUGCAGUGAGCAGAGCACACAGCACUUGGAUGUUGGGACCUCAUGCACCGUCCCCUGCCUCUCCUGGACUGCCAGGGUUUUGAGUCGUCAGCCAGUCCCAGGUAAUUCCUGGGAACCUGACACCCCCAGGAUUCUUUACAGAAAUCCCAACUGGACUUUCUUGUGCCAAAUUUACCCUAACCAUCAUUGGCCUUUUCAUUUUUCUUUAAAUGGCAUUGUCCUGUCACAUAAAAACUGCACAGAAUCAUAGCUGGGAGCUCUGAUUGUGAUUCUCCUGCUUACCUACAUUGUGUUUUCAUGUUUAGAUUUCUCUCACUGCAUUUAGAAAAGCUUGAGAUUUUGGUAACCUUCCCCCCCUGCACAGUUUCAUGCACAGAUGCACAGAGCUUUAAGGAUGAAAAUCAAAUUACCUGAUCUGUGUCUAUAUGUAUGUCUUAGAAAUUGAUUUUGUAGUUUCACAUUUCAGUUCUGAUUUCUGUGACUCUGCUUGUUGCAGUAACAUUUCAUAUCAUGACUUAGCACAGUACCUAAGAAAAGAUAACUUCCUUUUUUUAAGAAGUAAUUUUGGAGGUGUCUGUUGAGCUGGAGCAGCUCUUCAGGCACUGAGGUUGAUCAGGGUUGGAGGGAGAUGCAUCUUUUGUGUUGGUUUAUGCACAUUUGGUGUAAGGCUCCUCUUCCUUUUUUCCCCCCUCCUCUUUCCUGUCUCCCUGUUUUCCUCUGCCACAUUUUGGACUGAAAGCAAGCACUGACCAGAGCACACGACCCUUCUGCUGUUUCACCUUCUCCCACACGUGCACAUCCUUCCCUGGUGUGUGGGUCUCAGUGUUGUCAUCCAGGUAAACCCAGACAAUCCCUGUUGGUUUGGGUUUGCAUUGCAAAAAAAAAAAAGAAAACAGGGACAAGCUGAUGUUUGGGAACUUGGUGACUCAAUCUUUUCUAUUAGCCAAGGACUUUAUGAUUUCUCUGAUCUCUUCUGUUGCAUAUCCCUCUUUAUUUUCCCAUUUUAAAGAGCCAAAGGUGCAAAGCAAGAUUGUAGAUUGAAUAUCAUCACUUUGCUUUUUAACUCAGUAUUUUUAAAUUAUUUUUAACUUUUUCAUACUGAAGAGAAUGUGGAGUCAAAAUAAUAAUAAUUAAUGAUAAUGAAUAGUAGGGAGUAAUCACUGCCAUUUCUACUUGCUCUACUUUUUUAAAAAUACCACUUCUUAUACAUUGGGGCAUGGAACUGCAAGGAAUUUUAAGAUUCCUUUAACAUAUAGAGAUGGGGCAUAGGAGUUUGUAAAAAUAUUAAUAGUGAUAAUAAUGCCCAUGGAGUGUGGCUAGGGAAGGAUGUUGUGUAUAUAGUUGUAAAAUGUUCUAAAUUAUUUAGACCUAUUGUCACCAUUCUUGAAGUCCUCAGUUGUGUUGCUGGGUCUUUUAUAUGCACACAGUGUAAUUUAUUUAAAGGAACAUACACUUUUCCAGGUGGUAGCUCAGCUGUGGACUAGUGACCUGUGUAUAUGUUUUAAGGUCUUGGGAGUUGGUCUUUUUUUUUUUUUUUUGUUUGGUUUUUAAAUGAGUUUAGAAUUUGGAUUGGCUGAUAUCCUGUUGUUGCUACAGAACCUAAAUGUUACUGUCAGUCUGCUGUAAAGCACAGAUUGCUCUAUUUAUUGUAGAAAGUGAGUUUAUUUGCUUUCUAGAAUUGUUUAUAUCAGAUGGUAUAAGAGAAGUAAUAAGAAAAUCUAUGCUUGUAAAGAAAAAAAAAGCUAAUUUUACCUACUAUAAUCUGACUGUCUGAGACUAUAUUUUCUCUCUGAGAAAUAAAUGUUCUAAUGUAUGGAAAAAAAAAAAGCAAAACAACAAACCACCACCCUCAGAAAGAGUUCUUCCUUGCUAAUGUUGUCCUGAAAUCCAGAACUUACCGUGAUGGUUUUGAUGAUCCCUGUG